AUGGCGCCUGAAAUCCCGGGUUACUACUUUGACCCUGUGAAGAAGAAGUACUUUAAGAUUGAAAAGUCGCACACGGCACCGCCGGCCGCCGCCUGGUCGGCCGACGAGGUCAAGCGCCGGCGCGUUGCCUCCUCGGCGGCCGAGUCGUCCCGCAGACGAGCGCGCCUGCUCCGGAACCACAUCCAGCGGCAUGCCGUCCUGGAGGCGGACCUCGUGACGCGGGGCCGGCUGCUGCGCGAGCUUGGCGGCGGCAGAGGAGAGGCGGCGGCGGUGGUGGAGGACAUGAUGGCGGCGGCGUGGGCGGGCGGGCUGGUGGACAAGGGGAGCAUACCGUUUGUGCCGAGCUUUGCGAGGGAGAGGUAUGCGAACAUGCCGUGCAUGUAUGUCGGUGGCGAUGAUGACAAGACGGGUCUUGGCGUGGCCUAUGCGACGCUGGAUGAAGAGACUCUUGUGGGGAGCUACAUUGCCACGGAUAACAACGAUGCAAUCUCCUUCUCGAGGACCGCGCCAGAGAGCACCGGCCGUCGGCAGGGCCUCCGCGCCGAAAUGAUUCGCUGCCCGCAAAUGUCGUCGAUUCGGUACCACCGGCCCUCGCACAAGAUCCUGCUCACCUCGCGCGAGCCGGACCACUCCUGCGGGCUGUACUUUUUCUCCCCGCUGCUUUCCGAGGAGCACGACUACCGCCCGCAGUGGCUUCUCGGCGAGACAAGCCACUACCAGCGGCUGUACAUCCGGCACCGGCUCCGUGACGAGUGGCUCGUCCACCAGUCCACCCCGGCGCCCGCGUCCUCGGACCUCCUUUGCGUCAUCGGCACCAACGCGGGCAUCCUGCGCGUGCGCUCCAACGAGACUAUGGCUUGGAUCUCCUCCGCCCCGUCCUCCGGCGCCGCCACCGCAGUAGCAGCGACGGUGAGCAAGCACGUCCCGCAGGAGGUCUUUGACCAGGACUUCCAGACGGGCAACCACAACGUGCUCCUCGCGGGCGGGCGCCAGCCGCGCCUGUGGACGACGGACCUGCGCGCGCCCGCCGCGCAGUGGCGCUCCGUCCCGCACGCCAGCUCCAUCACCCACCUGCGCAGCAUCUCCGAGCACCAGGUCCUCGUCGCCGGGCUGCGCAGCAGCAUGGCCACGUACGACCUGCGCUUCCUCGCCCGCGAGAAGCCGGAGCCCGCCGGCGGGAGGAGCAGCAGCAGCAGCACGCCCGUGCUGAGGUUCGAAGGGUACAGGAACGAGGCGCACGUGCACACCGGGUGGGACGUGAGCGUCGAGAUGGGCCUCGCGGCCGCGGCGCAGGACGACGGCACGGUGAAGCUCUUCUCGCUCAAGUCGGGGCGGAGGCUGACGGGCGGCGGCGCGCUGGGCCGCGUGAGGGCGGACACGCCGAUCAGGGCGCUCAUGUUUCAGCGGAUGCCGAGGGAGAGGAUGUCGAGCCUGUGGGUGGGCGAGGGGCCGAUGCUGAGAAAGUUUUCGCUGGGCGUGGGCGACGUGGGCGACGAGGCGUGA